UUUUGCAUAGAUGUACUCCAUCGUGAGGUUUGAUGUAGUGAAGGGGAGAACAUUAAGUUUCCUUGAUCUCUUUCAUCGCAAGUUUCAUCGUUCUUCCCCGAAAGAUUAGAAAAGAAGACAUUAUCAAGUUCUAAGAAAAUAAAGCCAGUAUUUUGCUUUCAGAAACAAUGGUAGGGAUGACAUCCACGAGUACCGAGGUUUUCUGGAAUUCAACAGAACUUAAUCCAUUUCAAGAAUUCAACAUCACACAAGACAAGAUAAACGAAUAUCUAGAAAAACUUAACUACGAGACCUUCAUUAAAUUACUUCCCAUGGUAGUUCUCUUUACAGUUGUAGUCAUCGUUGGCCUUUCUGGAAACCUCCUCGUCUUCCUCGUUUACCUCAAGCAAUAUAAAGUCAGCGCCACGCGGGUGUUUGUUCUGAAAAUGGCCGUCUGUGAUUUCCUGACCAAUAUUUUCACACUACCCUGGGUGAUCCAGGACAUGAGAUACAGCCACACAAGCGAAGUACAUUUCUGCAGAAUGAAGUGUUUUCUAGGAACCUUCCCUCUCAUCAUGUCCUAUCUGCUUCUAGUUCUCGUCGCCCUCGAUCGUCGUCGUCGCAUCUGCCAGGUACACAGACGACAACUGAGCGCUCGACAAGCGACUUACCUGUUGAUUGUUCCUCUGGUCUUGACAUUCGCUGCCAUGGUCCCUUUCACCUAUUUGUACGGUGCAAAACCUCUGGAGACAGAAAACUCCCAAAUAACUGGGAGCACGUGUGGGUUUUCUAAUACCAUUGCGGGAAUAAGUGGGAAAAAGAUAUUUGGAGUGAUUUUAAUGAUCUACUUUCUUGUCGGAUUUGCAAUCCUGACCACCUGCUAUGUACAAAUCUCUUACCAGAUUUACGAGCAAAAAAAGAAGCUGAUGGCUAGCAAAAUAAACAUUGUUGUUACUUUUCCAGUAAUGGAAACGAACUUCAACGAAGGGAUUGCUUCCAGUCAAGAUCCGCAGACUGAAAACAUAUUCAUAAGUACUGUGAAAUCUGAAAUGAGUUCAGAAAUAACAAGUAACCAAGAUAAUCACUCACAUGUUGGAACAGAUACUCUCACGAGGGAUCAGAGAGAAAAAAUUAUGUUCGACAAAGGUGGUGUGUGUUUGUCCUGCAAAGACAUGUUUAUAAAAGAAGACAAAACUGACGGACAUGAUUCACAAAAAUUCUGUUACCAGAAUGAGGCUUAUGGAUGCUCACCUGGUGGAAAGGACACCGAGACAACAAUUCAGCUUCCACAAAGAUCCUUUGACAUUUCGAAUUCAUCAAGAAUUGAAAUAUUGUCAGAGCCUGCGCCUGCUGUGCAGUCUUCAACUCUAAAGGAAACUCCGAAUACAACAUGUGGACAAAAUUCUUUUGUCUCGUCUAUGGACAACAUCAAAGACGAUCGAGAAAUAAAUGUCAAGACAUCGGCUUCUAGUACAGAAAGAGGAGAAGGUAGUCAAAAGAAGAAGGCGCUUUUGUCCAAAACAACACUGAUGAUGUUAGUCCUGACCAUCUCUACUCUCGUCUGCUGUGCACCUUAUAUUGCUGUCACGAUCGCAAAGGUGGAAUUCUUUGGCGUUCACAUCAGUACAUGGCAGAUGAACCUGUAUUUUCUCGCCCGCUUUUUUCCUUCUUUCAACAGCGUCAUCAACCCUUUCGUCUACAGCUUUUGCAACCCAAAGUUUCGUCUGAAAUGUCAUCAGUUUCUCAUCAAAGUGUGCAAUAGACAGUUGUUAGACACAUUUGGUUGACAAAUUUCAAUGACAAUUUUAUC